AUGGCGUCCAAGGUCGCGCAGAAGCGGCUCCAAAAGGAGUACCUCGCGAUGCAGAAGAGCCCACCCCCAUUCAUCUGGGCCGUGCCCGAGGAGAAGAACAUUCUUGACUGGCACUUUAUCAUUCGCGGUCCUCCCGACACGCCUUAUGCCGGCGGCGAGUACCACGGUCUUAUCUGGUUCCCGAGCGACUACCCGUUCAAGCCACCUGAUGUCAAGAUGUUCACUCCCUCGGGACGUUUCGAGUGCGGUGUCAAGAUCUGCAUGAGCAUGACUUCUUACCACCCGAGCACUUGGAACGCAGCCUGGUCGGUCGCCACGAUCCUUACUGGCCUCCUCUCCUUUAUGCUGAGCGACGAGAUCACCGCCGGUGCCGUCAAGACCACCGACGUUCAGAAGCGCCAGCUCGCUACCACGUCGCAUGCGUUCAACCUGAACAACAAGAAGUUUAGGGAAAUCUUCCCCACAUACGCGACUUCACAGAUGACCGACCUGCCAGACAUGGGCAAGCAGCCCGGCGCCGAUUCGCCUUCAGGCGUAACCGGGUCUGAGUCUAGUGUGCCCGGCAACAGCGACAAUGACACGCCGCUGUCGUCGGCACAAUCGACACCGGCAACCACUGCCGCGUCCACGCGAACACAAUCCCCCGCCCCGAACCCUCUUUCUCCCGUCAACAACAACAACAACAACAAUCCCACAUCAGCCUCUGGUGUCGCCACAACUCUAGCAGACACGAAGCAGCAGCCCCUAGCGAGGCAACAGAGACAACACGGUAGCCGCUGGAUGCCCUCGUGGCGCUGGCUUGUCGCUAUAGUUGUUCUCGCUGUCCUCGGUCGCCUGUCGACGGGCAAGGAAUAA